AUGAGAGAAUGUAUUUCCAUACACGUGGGUCAGGCGGGCGUACAGAUUGGUAACGCCUGUUGGGAACUGUAUUGUCUGGAGCACGGCAUACAACCGGACGGCCAGAUGCCCAGCGAUAAGCAUAUCGGCGCCGGCGACGACUCGUUUAACACGUUUUUCUCGGAGACGGGUGCGGGUAAGCACGUGCCCCGUGCCGUCUACGUGGACCUGGAGCCCACUGUAGUGGAUGAGGUGCGCACC